UGGGGGACAGCUCAGACGCUCAGUCAGCUCUGAAGUGGACGCCUGCCUGCAUCACUGUGCUGUCCCCAGUUCCUGGGUCAAGGCCUGCACCUUGUGGGUGCUUUAGAGACAGGAUAGAGUGAGGGGCCAACCCCCUGGUGGCUGGGAUGGAGGGCGCCCCGGCUGGCCACUUCCACACGACCACGCCUCUGCUGGAGAGCUGGGCGCUAUCCCGGGAGGCGGGCGUGAAGGUCCUCCUCAAGUGUGACAACAUGCAGCCGGCCGGCUCCUUCAAGAUCCGGGGCAUCGGGCACUUCUGCCAGCAGAUGGCCAAGAGGGGGUGCAAACACCUGGUGUGCUCCUCAGGGGGCAACGCGGGCAUCGCUGCCGCUUACUCUGCUCGGAAGCUUGGCAUCCCAGCCACCAUCGUGCUCCCCGAGACCACGUCCCUGCAGGUGGUGACGAGGCUGCGGGGACAGGGGGCCGAGGUGCAGCUGGCUGGAAAGGUCUGGGAUGAUGCCAAUCUGAGGGCACAGGAGCUGGCCAAGAGGGACGGCUGGGUGAACGUCCCCCCGUUUGACCACCCUCUGAUAUGGGAAGGCAACGCCAGCCUGGUGCGGGAGCUGAAGGCCACCCUGGGGACCCCUCCAGGUGCUGUGGUCCUGGCAGUGGGCGGCGGGGGACUCCUGGCAGGGGUGGUGGCUGGCCUGGUGGAGGUGGGCUGGCAGCACGUGCCCAUCAUCGCCAUGGAGACCCGAGGGGCGCACAGCUUCAACGCCGCCGUGGAGGCGGGCAAGCUGGUCACGCUGCCGGACAUCACCAGCGUGGCCAAGAGCCUGGGCGCCAAGACGGUGGCCGCGCGGGCCCUGGAGUGCACGCGGGAGUGCAGGGUCCUGUCUGAGGUGGUGGACGACGCGGAGGCCGUGAGCGCUGUGCAGCGGUUCCUGGAUGACGAGCGCUUGCUGGUGGAGCCUGCCUGCGGUGCAGCCCUGGCCUCUGUCUACUCGGGCCUCCUGGGGAGGCUGCAGGCUGAGGGCCGCCUGGGCCCCCUGGCCUCUGUCGUGGUCAUCGUUUGUGGGGGCAACGGCAUCAACAGCGGGGAGCUGCAGGCUCUGAAAGCCAAGCUGGGCCAGAGCUGAGGGUCCCCAAGACCUGCCCCCAAAGGCUGUGGACACGUGUGGCUGGCUCAGGGCCUCUGCUCCAGGGGAUGACUGUGGGGGCUGCCUGGACAUUCAAGAUGGCCUCCUCCUCCUCUUCCUCCUCCAGGAAGCCCUCCAGAACUGCUCCUGGGGCUCCUGGCAGCCACGGC